UUCUGAAUUGCUAUGUCAUUAGGGUUCCAAUUUAUUUGGAUCGACUCUCUAGAGCUCAUUGUAAUAUUGCCGCGACAUGGGCUACCGACGGCACUUACGGCUGCUUUACUAAUAGGGACCUAUCAACAAUGGACUAUACUUCGAUGCAAUUGACUUCUAAUAACGGUCAAACUGUCUAAUACGCCUUUGCAUGCUCCUACCCCAAACACCGUUUGAUGGCACAGGUCCCAUUGACCACGCGUGCAUGGUUUAUUCAAGAGCGAUACCUAUCGAAGAGACAGCUAAGCUUCCUGCAUCAAGUUUGUUGGGAAUUUCUGGAGCUUAUUGCUUCUGAGCAAUACCCUACGGGCGCUACAUACAGUUUCAUGCAAGAGAUUGGACUCGGUGUGCAUCGAAAGCCAACUGUAGAAAUUCGAAAUCAUUCCGACUUUCAAAGGACCUGGUAUACAUUGGUGUACUCCUAUUCGGGUUGUGCUAUUACUCAACAAUCUGAUAGAUUGAUCGCGAUUGCAGGGUUGGCUGGAGAAAUGCGAAAAAUUGUACCAGACGAAUAUCUCGCUAGCAUAUAGAAAACAAAUCUCAUUAGGUAGUCAACUUAGUUGGUACGUUAUAGAUGAAGGUGAAUGGUUAACCCGCUUUAGAACCAUAACCUACAUUGCCCCGACAUGGUCUUG